AUGCACCUUGUUUCAGUCAUGCAGCAGGGUGUGUGGGCUGUGAUGCUCUGGCAUAACCUCCUCGCAUCGAGCAUCCCUCUAGACUGCAGGGAAGAGCAGGGUAUCCUCUCCCGCUGCCCUUCCAUCUCCCAAGAGAAACUUCUAGACCGAGUCAUCCAGCACGCUGAGCUCAUCUACCGUGUCUCGAAAGAAUCGUGCUCUUUGUAUGAGGUAAUGUUCAUCCCGCUGCCUUUGCAGUUCCAGAGGAACCGAGCUGGCUCCGCGUGCAUCACCAAAACCUUACCCGUCCCCAGCUCCAAAAAUGAAAUCCAACAGAUAUCUGACAAAUGGCUGCUCCACUCGGUGCUGAUGCUGGUCCAGUCCUGGAUCGAGCCUCUGGACUACCUGCAGACCUCGCUGGAUCGCUACGACGACACUCCCGAAACGCUCCUCAACAAGACCAAGUGGGUGUCUGAGAAACUGAUCAGUCUGGAGCAAGGGGUGGUGGUCCUCAUCAGGAAGAUGUUGGACGAGGGCAUGUUGACCAUCAACCACAGCGAGCAAGGCCUCCUCCCGAAUGACGUGCAGCCGCAGAUGCUGGAGUCGGUGAUGUGGGACUACGCCUUACUCAGCUGCUUCAAGAAAGACGCCCACAAGAUGGAAACUUUCCUCAAGCUCCUCAAGUGUCGACAAACCGACAGAUACAACUGCUCAUAA